UUUAGCACAACGUGAGAAUUCCCAGGUGCAAUUAUGACGUCACGUUUUGAUUUGAAAGUUCAAUAUUUUUUUAUCAAAAAAUUCUCAGAAGAAACAGAGGGGAAGGAAACGAAAAAGCCGAUCGUGAAAUCCAGGAAAUAAGAGCAGGAUGUUGAUGAAGUUGUUGUAAGAUUCGAUAAUCUAGCAUGGAGCUUAUGUUUCAAGUGUUUCAUCUUCAUCAAACUUUUUAUAAGUACUAUAUCAUCCUAAUCGCAAUUCUUGAGUUAUCAUAUCACUGCACUUGUCUUGGACUUCUUGCAAACUUGUAAACAACAUUCUUUCAAUGAACCUGUGAUUUUUAUUCAUUCCGUAUCUGUAUCAGUAUGGAUCGAGGAAAAGCCGGAACAGGUCGUGGGAGUAAGAGCAAAACUCCCCAGUUUCCUAGUGACCUGUACGUUCUCGGUCCCAAAGGUGCUCGAGCUGAAGGAAAUGAACCAAAAAGACCUGUACCUGUUCAGACCAAACCUGGCCCAAGCUUAUCUUUAGCAGAUAGAAGACGACUUGGUGGUUCAACAUGCGGACCUUCGAUGUCAGCUACUGUUCAACCGGCGAAAAAACCCAAACUUGCUAGUUCUGUUUUAUCAAGACCAGAAACGUUGACUGCUCCUUCUACGUCGCAAGAUGCAACCAAAUCAUGGGAGCUCGCUGCCGUCGAUAUCGAAGCCGUAGAUUUAGUACCUACAAUAGAAGCUGCCAAAGACAAAGACGAGCAUGAAAAAAUAACUGCUGUACUUUGUGGUGCUUUUAAGCUGCUGAAAGGGUCGAAAUUUAAAUCAGAUCCGAUUUUAACCAAUGGAUUAUUUUACCUGGCCAAAAAAUGGCCUUCUAUGUUUACCAAGAAACCAGUAUUUAAUGCGUUAUGUUCAAUCCUGAGAAAGGAAUCGCAGACGUUGAGCAAAACGAAAAUCACAGUCACUAAUGUUACUUUGAUCGCCAAUCUUUUAUAUCUAGCUUACCAAAAUACCGAACAUUGGCCUGAAACGAUAAUGAGGCUGUAUGUCGAAGAUGCUAUAAACAAACGAAUAUGGGUGGAUAGUGAUCAAUGCAAGUGUAUCGUAGACAAUAUAAUUGCCAGUGCGAAAACUAUUCCAUCACCUCUGUUGGAUUUGGAUUCUGGCACUCGUACUGAUUUAGAUGAAGAUGUUAUCGAUAUCACUGAGAAGAAAAAAGAAUACGUUGUUCUCUCUCGUUACGAAGAAAGUGAAAUAGUAAAUAUAGUUACUGAUGUGACCAAAGAUCAACAAGGAAUUACUCAAAAUUAUUUGAAAUUUCUUAGCACCAUGUGCGGUAUUACUGAGAUAAGAACCAAAGCUGCCCCAAAAUUGGAAAGCUGUCUGAUCAAUCCAAAGCUAAAAAGAAACGCUCAAGAACUUUUAAUGUCGAUUUGCGUCAAUUGUACUUCGAAUACUCCUGAAGAUAUUGAAAUUGUGGGACAAAUCGUGAAAAUACGUUUAAAAACCAAAGAUUUGAGUGGAUUUUACUUAGAGUGUAUCAAAGAACUUAUAGAAGCACACAGUAAAAAUCUUUCCACCGUAUUGAAGCAAAUAAUUAAUAACGAAUUAAUUGCCGUAAGAAAUCCAAAUAAUAUGCCCAUGAUGGCAAUUUUAUUUCAAGCUGAACCAAAACAAUUUGCUACCAUUUUAUCGGAAAUAUUCUUGGAAUAUUUGAUUAAUCGCGAGGAUUAUCUGAGAGCACUGCGUUGUCUGCUUCGUGAAGUUACCAAAUCUCUGAAACCAGAAAAUCCUGGAAAAAAAGAUAAACCAGAAUUUCAUUUGCAAGAUUUUGUUGGUGGUCUAAUGAGACCGUUUAAAAUCGAACAGAAAGAUUUACAAUUUAAAGAUAAAGUUUUCAAUUCGAUCGCUGAUUUAGUUACGUUGUGUAUUUUCCUGACCACCUUUCCUCUGAUUAGAUCAGAAAAAAAGGAUUUAGAACAAAUUAAAAAUAUGCAAACUACAGUAGCCAAUAUUCAAAGUGAUGCUGUUCAAUGGUUCUUUAAAACUGCUUAUAAUGAUUAUAAACCAUCUACGAAUGAUUUCGUCCAUGCUUUGCAUAAGGUUGUAUUUAUGGAACCCGCUGAACAAUAUUAUAAAGUUGAUAAUUGGCCAGAACAAGAUAGAGCCUUAUUUAUUCGAUAUGCCACUGAAGUGCCACUGCUUCAAGAUACUGUAUUGACUAUCCUCGCUAUCGGUCUAUCGAAAGAAUAUCCGUUAUCUUGCGCCGAUGCUUUAGAAUUGGUGGAGCAACUUAUAAAAAGAGCGUCGGCUCUGACAUUCAAUUUGAGUAUUCCAGUUUUACCAGCGAGUAAACUCGAACUGGUCGAUUUACUUUUCAACUCGAGCGCUUAUCGACACCCGGAAAAUAUCGAAUUACCGACCGGUUACGUUCCGCCCGAUUUAGCCAUUAGUAAUCUGUACUGGAAGUCGUGGAUAAUCCUUUUAAUUUACUGCGCCCAAGUGCCCGACGUAUUUGGAAAUUUAGCUUGGGAGAAAUAUCCAACUUUACGAAUUCUUAUAGAGAUGUGUAUCACGAAUCAUUUCGUUUUUCCUCAAGCCAACGACGAUUUGCAGUUUUUGGCUCUAGAAAAACAGAAAAUAUUGGAAUUUGAAACGCAUCUCGCCGCUGCUUCCACCAAAAUGAAUAUCACCGAGUCGACGAGUUUAUUAUUGAGUCAACUGAUCACAAUGGAUCCAAUGGGUUCUCCUAGGAGACCUCCUAGUGUGGUUUUAGAUCAACUUCAACAACUGAACGUUAAUCAAAAACUGGGUCAUUUGCUGUGCCGAUCGAGAAGUCCUGAUUUUCUAUUGGAUAUAAUCAGGAAACAAGGAUCGUCUCAAUCUAUGCCUUGGUUGGCUGAUUUGGUGCAAAAUAAUGAAGGAUCUUUCAAUCAUUUACCAGUCCAAUGUUUAUGCGAGUUUUUGCUCAGUUCCAACGAAAAGCAACAAGGAAAAUACCAAGAAUUACUCAAACAUCUGCAAACGCUGUUAACCGAUGCGAAUAAAAAUCCGAAUAUCGUUUGCGAAAUUUUAGACCAUUUUCUCCGUCGACUGGGAUCUCACGCGAAUAAAGAACAGGCCAUUUCGGGUCUUAAACUUCUGCUGAGUACAUUCGACAAGGAUGAAAUGGAAACUGAAAAUUUAAAGACUCACGGAGCUCAAAGCUUGUGGAUUUUGAGUAAAUUGCCGAAAAUUCCUCAUUUUCAAGCCGCAAAACCUCAAAUCGUAUGUGCUUUGAGAGAAGCUUGCCAAGUAGAAAACGAUCCCGAAUUGAUCACUUCCUACUUGAGAUUUUUAGCUCAACAUGCCGCUUCUUCUAGUUCAGAUUUAAUAGAAAUGACUGCUCUAGUCUUAGACAUGGCUCAAUUAAUCGUAGAACGUAGCAUUAUAAUGCCAGCUGUAUUACGUUCAACAGACGAAACAGACGUUUUUAGAAACGUUGCGCUGAAAUCGUUGCUAAAGAUUUUCCAUACUUAUUUAAACAAGGCUCGUGAAUCGCGUAAAAAUAUCCAACCUGUGACUGAAAAUCAAGAGCAAAUAUUAUUGAUAUGUUGGUCUAGCGGUGAAAAAGUCACCUUGUAUAACUUGGUCGUCUACGCAGUGAUUAUUUUAUUGACCUAUGGGAAGCAAGGAUUGGGUAGUUCGCAGCGUUAUUACGACAACUUGAUGAGCAUGUGGUUCCCGGAUGAAAAAGAAUUAAUGCCGAAGGCUUAUUUAGUCGAUACGUCCGAAGAAGUGUUAUAUAUACCGGAUUGGCUGAAACUUCGGAUGAUUCGUUCGGAUAUACCGCAAUUAGUAACCGAAGCCUUAAAUGAUCUGGAACCGGCUCAAUUAUUCUUGUUCAGUCAAUCGUUUGGUAUACCGAAGACAUCUAUGAGUAAACUUUUGGAAAAACUUGACGACGAAAUAAAGAACGAAAAAGUCUCAUUAUCCGAUAUAGCGAUCGAUAAAGCUUAUAUGAUUCAGUUCGUCGAUGUCCAACAUCGAAGAGGCGUUACCGGAGGCGAUAUUCUAGCGAAUGCUAUAAAAACCCUCGAUCCCGAAUUAUCGAUCCCUGAAUCACCUCAAAUCAAAAAAAUCGAUCUCACAGAUCAUGAUCUUGAAUUCGUCGAAGCUCCAGUUACCGAUCUUCCUGACGAGGAAAUAAAACAAAUUAUCGAAAAUUUACACAUUAAUACGAAGAAAGCGACCGGGCUGACUCCAAAUAUGAAAGAGAAUCGACAAAAAUUACUUCAAAAGUUAUCUCACGAAUUGGCGAAUAAUUCGAAGUCAUUUUCAUUAAUAAUAGACACGUUACGAACUAGUCUCAGUGAUACGUUUUUCAUCAACGAAUUGGUGAAUAAUUUCCAUUAUCCUAGUCACGUUUUUAGACUGUUGACAACGUCUUGCGAUAAAGAUUACGUGAAAUCUUUGAGCUCGAUAGCGAAAACUAUUUUAAAAUGCGAAGCAGCUAAGAAAAAACCUAAAAAUCCCUUAGUGGUAAUGUUGAGAACAUUUUUGAAUAAACACAGCUGCGAAGAAUUGUCUCCUGCUAGGAAACCGUCCAGUGAAACGGAUUCUUUGGAUGUAUUUGAAAACUGUACCGUAGAUCAAUUGGAACGGAUUGGUAAAAAAUUAAUGGAUUCUGAAAUGACGAAAAUUCACGGCGAUAAGAAUGUUGUAGAAGCAGUGGCCAAUCUUAUUACACGAACUGACUGUAAAUAUAAAAACGGUAUUGGGCUGUUUAUCGAUUGGCUGAUUCAAAUGGAGCCGGAAAUUAUCGGGUCUUCGUUAGAAUUACAGCUAAAUAUGUUAUUUUCUCAAAAAUCCAAUACUCAAUGGGAAUCGAUUCAGAUAUGUCGUCCGUACUUAUUGACCUUGUUGACCCAUCAUGCCAGCUGGACGACGUUAGAAAAGGCUUUAUCAUCUUUACUAACUCUUGAAUCGACUAAAAAGUACGAUGCUACAGCUGUGCUAGAAUUUCUAUGGGCCUUAGCUCGUAAUCCUCGGUUAUGGCAAGGUCGAGAGAAACAUACGCCGAAACAUCAGCAUUCCAUUGAUGUUCUGUCGUUGACCGAAGAACAGCUAAUUUGCGUCAUCGAAUACAUCGUCUUGGAAGUAGAAUCGUACGGUUGUAAUGAAAUAGGUUUGAGUAAAAUGAGCAACAGAUUAUCGCAACUUGUCGAAUGCGCAAUCAAACCAAACAACUCGAAAAUUUUAAUCUCCAUUAUCAAUCAUUUAAACGAAGAAUCCAAACUUUCCGAAAUUCGUGCUAAUAUUUGUCGUAACGUGGUUGCUCACUUAUAUUUGAGAGUUCCUAGAGUUAUUACCUUAUUGAAUGAAAUGCAAUUAUCGAUCGAUUUCGAAACAAUUUCCAAAGCUGAUCGAGAUAGCAGUAUUUUAGAUGUUAUGUCGCAUACCGUAUUAACUUCGUUCAUUACCAAUACUCAAGUAAAAGAAUGGCCAAAACGAGCUCAAGAAUUAGAAUAUAUUAUUAGGAAAAUGGCCGCAAAUCAUCCUAGAUUGCUCCUCAGACAAAUACGUAUUUUAGAAACAUCUUUGAUGGGCAGAGUUCAUUUAGAAUGGCCAAUAUUCCGUUCGAGGAAUCAUUUAUCACUUUUUCAACAUGUUGUCGGAUUUUUAGAAGUUUUACAACCUCAUUUAUUUUCUCCAGAAUUUAGCGAACCUCUGUAUUUGAUUUUUGACUGCUAUUUAAAUCUUUUCAAGAAUCAUGGCAGUGAAGUUACCGCAGUGAUGAAUAGAUUCGUUAUUCUUUUGCAAAAUUUCAUCAGUCAUGACACGAAACAAGCGAUGCUAUUUUUACAAAGUCGUUCGUCGGUUUUAAGAGAGCUAGAAGUAGACUAUCCUUGUAUAGGUAGUCUGUGUAUUUUAAUGGCCGGCAUGAGAGACAUGACAGACGGUAAAGAAAUCCUAAUCGCAACUUCAGCGCCUCAUGAAAUGGAUUCGUCUCAAUGGAAUUCGAUCAUCAAUUCCUUCAAAAAAGAAGACCCAUCGAUAGCGUUGAACGAACUAGAUCACGCAUUAUUCCGUAAACCAGCUCUAGUCGAACCUAUACUAGAACGUUUGUUUCCUCUUCUUCACGAUCCAUCGAAUGAAAAUCGCAAAAUUGCUCAUUCUUUGUUGGCAAGGUGCGUCAAACAUAAUCCCAACACUGCACCGAGAAUUGUUCCUGCUGUUUUCAACUGCCUUCAUUCGAGUAAUCCUGACGUUAUUGAGUCUGCUUGCGACAGAUUACCCGAGUUGAUUGUUUGUUCUCAAGAGAACGCUUUACCUAUUUUACGUCAACUGUUUUCUUUAGUUAUUCGAAAUGGUAUCGACACAGUACCAUGUAUUACGAAAUCGAUAGCUCUACUCAAUUUGCAAUCAAGUUGUUAGGAAGAUUCUAACUUUUUGACCAAGAGAAGUUUUACGAAGACUUUUUUAUACGUUUAUUUUUUGUUCGUUUUAUUUUCUUAAGUCUAGUUUGAAAACUGAUGGUAACAUUAGUAUAAAUAUUUUAACAGUAAUUAAAUUACCUGUUUCGUUGA